AUGGGGAAUUGCAUGAAAACAUUGUACAGAUCAAGCCAGAUGAAUGAAAAGGAAAUAGAAGAGAUUCGUGAAGCUGCAACCGAGUUUGAUGAGCAGGAAAAUGAUGUUGGGAAAGGCAGCAUAAAGGUGAAGAUAGUGCUUACAAAAGAAGAGCUACAGUUGUUUCUGCUGAAGCUGAAGGAUAAUAAGAAUGGAAAGAAGAGCUUAGAGGAUCUUUUGGCGGAAUUGGAGAAAGCAAGAUCAGGAAAAGUUGAUUCUUGGAGACCUUCGUUGGAGAGUAUAAUGGAAGACGUCGACCCUGAAUUAAUGGACAGAUCAUGA